UCAACAACAACAACAACAAGUAAUCCAACAACAACAAUAUCAACAAAACAGAAAAUCGUUUCGGAAAACAGAGAAUGGCUUUGGUAAGAGGUUUCAUGGCUGCAAAGAAGAUUCUGGGUGGCUCUGUAGCUGGAACGAGGAAAGAAACCUCAGCACCAAAAGGGUUUCUUGCGGUGUACGUCGGUGAGAACCAGAAGAAGAAACAGAGACACAUUGUGCCAGUCUCUUACUUGAAUCAGCCUUUGUUUCAAGCUCUUCUCAGUAAAGCCGAGGAAGAGUUCGGAUUCAAUCAUCCGAUGGGCGGCUUGACCAUCCCUUGUCCUGAACAAACUUUUCUCACUGUAACUUCUCAGAUCCAAGAAUGAUCACCAUCUGAAGAUAAAAGUUUUAACAUUUUUUUUAAGUGUAGAUUUUUUUUUCCUCACUUUUUUUAAGUGUAGAUAGAUGACAUUUUUUCAUCUUUCUUAAUGAAAGAUUUGAUC